UUAUUCUGUGUAACAUUACGAUAACGUUCACUUCACUUGACGUGUUAGGUGUUACAAAAAACUUGAGUAUAAUAUGUUUUAUGGUGUCUUAUAUUGACGGUAUUAUCUUAAAAAAAGGUGUUUGAAAACUCGUUUGACUUUGGAUUGGAGUUAGGACCUUCAUUAGUUAUCUUCUAUAACUGCCGGUGGUGACACACAAGUACAAGUAGUUUCAUACUAUAUAUUAACUAAGUAAUUGUCUUAAAUUAUGGCAAUUAGCCAUUUCAUAUUAAUUGAAGACUUAGAUGUAACCUAGCUAUGUAAUAUUUUAUGCAAAGAUAUAUUCGUUUCACGGAAAUUAUAUUAAGACAUUUAGAAUAUAUAAUUGAUUCCGCAUUUUUUUAUAUAGGUAGCUUACAUUAACCCAUGUAUUUAAUUAAAACACAAUUUUGGGUUCUACGUAGCGCAGAUAAAAAAAUAUCUUAAUGAAUAAUUUAAAGCAAGCAAUUCCGAAUGCUGCAGAGCUCAUUAUAUCAUUAUACAAUCAUGUCAAUAAACGAAGGGGCAGAAUUGCUUAAAUAUUGUUAUUUGCCGCAGAAGAGUCUAACUUGAGUGUAGUGUUCAAAGUAGUGUAUCGAUAAAUCCUAGUGAUAAUUCAAUAUGAAACUUUUAAUAUCGAUAAUAGUUAUUUGGUGUUGCGUCAAAUGUGUGUUUACCUCCCAAUGCUACUGGAAUAAUGCGUGCAAAUACAAAUAUUUUUCAAGUAAAACUCCCUACGAAAUUAUUAGAGGCGAUAUAAGGGAUUCAAUCGCAAAACUGCGAGAUUUUGGAAAUAAACAAUGUGAACCCAUCAGUAUCUGGGUGACUGUAAGACACGGGAAACGAAACCCAAGCACAAAGUUUGCAGAAGAUAUCAAAGCAUUCCUUACAUAUAGAGACGAGAUCAUAGCAAGUUACAAAAUGGGAAACAGCACGCUAUGUGCGCAAGAUAUUGAGAAUAUCAAAAAUUGGGAGGUCGACACAGAUAUGUUUGUAAGACAUAACGAAAUUGACGCUGAAGGAUAUCAAGAGCUUGUAAAUAUUGCUCAACGGUUUAAGGAAGCCUUUCCAGAGCUACUGAAUGAAAUCCAGAACAAAGAUUAUGAAAUUCUCACAGCAUACGGCAGCCGAAUGACUGAUAGUGCGAAAGCGUUUAAUGAAGGUCUCACUACUUAUAAUUUGACUAUCAGUGAGGCUGAAAAUAAUUACAGCGUUCUUGCACCGUAUGCGUCGUGUGGAAGAUAUCAAAUAGACGUCCGGCGUAAUCCAAAUAUUUAUGCUGAAGAAGUUGUUUACACGGGAACUGCUGAAUAUCAGAAUAUGAAAGAACGACUCAUAAGGAAAUUAGGCCUUGAUGUGGAUUUAACAAGCAACAAUAUCACAGCUAUAUACGACUUAUGCCGCUAUAGUUGGGAAGGAAUCAACAACAAACCUAGUCCUUGGUGUGCUCUAUUCACUGAGGAGGACUUGCAAGUUCUAGAAUAUAUUGGCGACAUUAGACAUUACUACAGGAAUGGGUAUGGGGCAUCGAAAUACACUAAAAUACUUGGUCAAAUACCAUUGUCUGAUAUGCUAACAAAGUUUGAAGAAGCCAAGAGAGGCAGGGGCAAAACAUUAGUGACAUACGUUACGCAUGCCACAAUGUUGGAUAUGAUCUUAGUAGCGCUUAAUCUACAUAAUGACACGCACCCACUCAUGGGGACCCAUAGAGAUAUCUACAGAAAAUGGAGAAGUACAUUUUUAUCUCCGUUCGCAAAUAACCUGAUUGGAGUUUUAUACCGGUGCAGUUCCUACGGCAGUAUUGACUACGAUUAUAACGUCGCCCUAUAUUGGAAUGAGUUGCCAUUACUAGAACUAUGCAAGGAAGGAGUCUGUUCGUGGUGGGAGUUCCAGAAAUUAUUUAAACCAUUCUUGAACACAAAUGUAGACGUUUGCGAAUUUAAAUGGACUACAGUAGAUUAAGAUUAAAUUACGAUUAUAAGAAGAUUAUGCCCUGUGACAAAGCCCGCCUAUUUAUUCCGACUAUAUCUAUGUGAAGUUUCAAAUAAAUUUUUAUUUGUUAUUA